GUGUGAUGUCUGGUGCGCGUGGAGCUCCAAGGUGAGUCAACAUGUGGAAACUGAUCCAGGUGUCGCUCCGCAGGGCCGCGGGGACCGGUGUGCGGCUCCCCGGGCCCCGGUUCCCCGGUCCCCGGCUCCCAGCACCGGAAGCACCGGGAGCACCGGGAGCACCGGGUCGACCAGCACCGGGCUCCUGCCGGCUGCUCAGCACCAGGACCCGAGCAUCCCGGAGCUGCACGGUGGACCCGAACCUGGAGGAACAGUUCGUGUUCCUGGACUGUUCAGACGAGCAGGAGGGGAAAGACCCGGUUCUACAGCAGAACCCUGACCAGCAGCAGAACCCGGUUCUACAGCAGAACCCGGAUCAGGUCUCUCCAGGGAAGCAGCUCAGGUCUCUGGAGCGCCAGCUGCAGGCUUUGGGGGGGCAGCAGGUUUUGGGGGGGCAGGACUCUGCUCCGGACUACAUCCAGUUUGAGGACGUGGACUUCCCGCUGGACCCGGGCCUGGUGGCGUCUCAGAGGAAGAGGAGGAAGGUGAAGAAGGGCGAGCACCGGAUCUUCGGGACCCCGGAUGUGAGCGAGCAGGUGAGUGAGACCUGCUGCAGCGGCUGCGGCGCCGUGCUGCACUGCGCCGACGUGUCACUUCCUGGUUACCUGCCCAGCGAGAAGUUCAAGGUCCUGCGGGCGGAGCAGGGUCUGGGCGGGUCCACCUGCCAGCGCUGCUACCUGCUGACUCACCACCAGAGGGCGCUCCAGCUGCAGCUGCCGGCGGACCAGUACCGGGCCGUGCUGCGGCAGGUCCGGCCCCUGAAGGCCCUGGUGCUGCUGAUCGUGGACCUGCUGGACCUGCCGGACUCCAUCGUGGCCGACCUGCCGGAGCUGGUCGGCGCCAACAAGCGCGUGGUCGUCCUCGGCAACAAGGCGGACCUGCUGCCGGCCGACUCGCCCAACUACCUGCAGCGGAUCAGACGGCGGCUGACGGAGUACUGCCGGGCCGCCGGGUUCGGGGAGCAGCUGAGCGACGUGCAGCUGAUCAGCGCUAAGACCGGCUACGGGAUCGAGGUUCUGGUCUCGUCCCUGCAGAGGAGCUGGAAGCACAAAGGAGACGUUUAUCUGGUCGGAAACGCCAACGCGGGGAAAUCGACUCUGUUCAACACGCUGCUGCUUUCUGACUUCUGUAAAACCAAAUCACCCGACGUCAUCAGCAAGGCCACGAUAUCACCCUGGCCUGGAACCACUCUGAACCUGCUGAAGUUUCCCAUCAUGAAUCCGACUCCGCAGCGAAUGAUGAGACGUCAGCAACGUUUGGACGAAGCGUCGCAGCAGACGGAGGAAGAGCUGCAGCCUGAAGAGCUGAAGAGGCUGCAGCAGCUCAGCAGGGGGGGCUACCUAGUGGGUCGGGUGGGCAGGACCUUCCAGUCUGAAUCCUCCAUCAGAAGCGAUGAGAUCGAGUUUGACGUCGAUCGUUUGUCGUUCGGCGCCGACGAGGACGGAGACACGCGGACGCCGUCAGCGCCCAGCAGGUCACCUGUGGAGUUCACCUACAACGAGCUGAAGGAUGCUCAUUGGCUGUUUGAUACACCGGGAAUCAUGAAGGAGCACGAUCUGCUCAGCCUCCUCACUGAACAGGAAGUGAAGUCAGUGGUUCCGACUCAGGCCAUCGUCCCCAGAACCUUCGUCCUGAAGCCCGGAACCAGUCUGUUAGUGGGAGCUGUGGCCCGCAUCGAUUACCUGCAGGGGGAGAAGUCCUGCUGGUUUUCGGUCGUGGCGUCCAGUCGGGUUCCGGUUCACGUCACCAGUUCGGAAAAAGCCGACGCCGUCUACGAGAAACACGCAGGAGGAGAUCUGCUGGGGGUUCCUCUCGGAGGGUCGGACAGGAUGAAGGACUUUCCACCGCUGCUUCCUCAGGAGUUCAAGCUGGAGGGUCGAGGUCACCUGGAGGCCGCUGCUGACAUCACACUGUCAUCUGCAGGUUGGGUGGCGGUGACGGGUGUGGAGGGGGACCAGCUGGUUCUGAGGGUCCUGGGUCCUCAGGCCGCAGGUUACAGACUGAGGACGCCGGCGCUGCUUCCUCACAUCGUGUCUCUGAAGGGACAACGCGUCCCGAAGUCUGCCGCCUACAAAACGGUGAAGCCGGCGGGACGCCUGGAGGACGGACUGUCUCCGGACGGGGCCGAGAGGCUGCAGGUGAAGAAGAAGAAGAAGAAGAAGAAAUGAUCCGUCCCGGUCCUGGCUUCUGUCUUUUUCUUUUUUUAUACUUACUAUAUAUACUAUACUAGCACUGAAGCAAACAGGAAGCUCUGAUAUGAACGUCAUGUGACCUGAUCAUGUGAUGUUGUUUCUGUACAGAAUAUAAACAUGAACAGUUAAAAUAUGUAAUAAUUUUUAUAUAUUAAUAAACUUUAUAGU